GCGCCAAGCCGGCAAGAGUCCAGCAGCCGUCUGGAGUGAGCAAUCGGCAGAGCCACCAAGCCGCGGCACUGGGCCUCGCGUUUCAACUUCUGUUCAGUUCUCCUGUAAUGGAAAAUUGCUUUGUACAAAGCUAGAGUGUUACAGUUCUUUCCAGCGCCCGUCCCCCGCCCCACCCCGCCCCUCGGCAGCCUUCUGAUCAGAGGGACAGCGCCCGCAGGAAGGUGGAAGGAGGGUAGUCACGGCUUCUUACUAUGUCCCUUGCUUCAAGCCCUGGGCCUGGGUGGUUACUCUUUUCCUUUGGAAUGGGACUGGUAUCGGGGUCAAAGUGUCCAAAUAAUUGUGAGUGUCAAGCCCAAGAAGUGAUCUGCACAGGAUUAGAGUUAACCGAAUACCCCCCUGACAUACCUCUGGACACCCGGAGGCUGUUCCUGGAUGAUAACUGCAUCACUUUUUUGCCAGCGAUGACUCUAGGACUCCUCAGUGACCUUGUUUACUUGGACUGUCAAAAUAACCUGAUUCAAGAGGUGAUGGAUUAUACCUUCAUCGGGGUCUUCAAACUCAUCUACCUUAAUCUCAGCUACAACAACCUAACCUUGAUCUCCCCAUACAGUUUCUCCGUGCUCAGCAACCUGGUACAGCUGAACAUCUCCAACAAUCCUCACCUGUUAUCUCUUAAUAAGUACACCUUUGCCAACACCAGCUCUUUGAGGUACCUGGACCUCAGAAAUACCGGCUUGCAGACCUUGGACCAUGCUGCCUUCCACAACAUCCUAACACUUCAUACCGUGUAUCUGAGUGGAAACCCCUGGAAAUGCAACUGCUCUUUCUUGGACUUCACCAUCUUCUUAAUAGUGUCCGAUCUGGACCACCCAGAUGAUGCAAAUGCCACGUGCGUGGAGCCCACAGAGCUGGCAGGGUGGCCCAUCACACAGGUGGGGAACCCGCUCCGGUACAUGUGCAUCACACACCUGGACCGCCAAGACUACAUCUUUCUGCUGCUCAUCGGCUUCUGCAUCUUCUCCGCGGGCACUGUGGCCGCCUGGCUCACAGGCGUGUGUGCCGUGCUCUACCAGAAUGCCCUCCGCAAGUCGAGCGAGGAUGAGGCUGAGGACGAGCACGGGCAGAGGGUGGAAGUCAGCAGGACGAUUUUUCCACAUAGUGCUGACUCAGGCCAUGAUGGGUUCCCUCAGCUGAUUUAGUUGUCAGAGAACACUCUCUGUUACAUUUUUCUCAGGCCCCCUGCCUCCUCUCUCGCCCUCCCCUUCCUACUCCCUCAGUGCUGUCUUGGAUAUUGAAACCUAUUAGUAAAAUAAAUAAAAUGUUUGGUGGCCAUUACACAGGUUGGUCCUUUUCCUCUCAACCAGCCUAAGGGCAUGUCCUUGAGUCCAGCAGGAUGACGUAGAACAGAGUCUAGAAAAGUCUAGAAAAGCUAUUGGAUUCAUCUAAAUGCUGAGGAAGCCCACCCCAAAAGCAGGCCAACUCAUAUUUAAUGAGCACCAACUAUGCCCCUAAGCUAAGUGCUGGAGGGAGGGAUACGAGAAAUACAAGAUUUAAGAUCUGUCCUCAGCAAACAGCAAACAAUUUGGGGGAAAGUCAAGAUUAAUAUGAAUCAAAUGGAAAAAAAUACCAGGCACAAUGACAAGAACUGACAUUAAUGGAAUAUGUCCAUGGGCCAUCUUUAUAUCCAUCUCAUAAUUAUCACAACAAUCCUAUAACAUUGUCACAACAAUCCUAUAACAUUGAUAUUACUUCUUAGUGAAAAAUUGAGGCCUGCACAGGUUAAACAAGUGACCGAGGUCACCCAACCGGUCGGCAGCACAGCCUCCCAAAGUCCACAUUUUUUCCUUUACACAGAGCUGCAUCCUUAGGAAAUGUGUGGCAACAUAACCAGCUCAUCAAGUUUGGACAAAACAAAGGAGUGAGGCAUGCAGAGGUGGCCCACUGACUGAGGCCUUACCAAGAACCCAGCCUCAGACCCAGCUUGAUACAUGUUUCUUCGCCCAGUCAACACUCACAACAACCAGGUCAGGUGGUCGUUGUUCCCUUCAUUUUUCUGAAGCUCAGAGAAGCUAAGGAACCAGCUCAAGAUCACACAGUUGAUAAGCAGCAGAGCAAUUGCUGGACACCAUGCUGCCUGCCCCCAAAUCCUGUGCCCUGUGUACUAUGUGCUGCUGUCUUCCAUGGGGUACUACAGGGAAUAGCCAAGUAUACACCAGUGGGGUCCAGCUCUCAGGGCGGCUCAGAAGAAGGGAAAGGGAGCAGAGGACAGGGGUGAGUCAACCCAGGCCCAAAGGCCAUUCCAGGC